AGUAACUUCCGGGUUCAGAGGCCACGAGCCCAAAUGAGCAUGUUCCGUCUCAAGCCUGCUGCUCCACAUGACUAUUGACACCAAAGCUAACGACAUAAAGCAAGUUAAGUCCCAUAUCCAAAAUAAGUAUAUAGCUAUUACAGUAUAGUGCUAAUGCUACUUUACUGCGGUCCGGAAUCGAAGAUUGUCGUGUAACUUAGUGUAAUGAUCUGACCGUAGUGGACGACAGUAAUUCAUAAUUGGUUUGCUCGGUGUUAACAAUGACAAUUUCCCAAAAUUAUCUUUCUGACUGUUAAUGCACCUUGUAGUUUAGUAAACCGGCGAUUACGUUUCCACCUUAUCUGGUUUAAGAUGUAGAGAUUGUUGACACAGGGACGUUGACGUGAUGAUGACCUUCCAGUCUCUAACAGCUGAAGAGAAGAAACGGCUGGCGAGAAACCUCACUUCCUUUCUCUCCCAGUACAAACACAUCUCCGACUCCUACAUAAUUGAGUUUUUUACCGAGGGUUUGUGGGAUGCUUUGCCCUUUCUUUGGACUGAUGCCCUCCGCGACCUAGCAGGCCCCCAGAUAGCUGACCUAUUGCUGGACAGCACCUGCAAGGAUAGGAGAUAUCCUUCUGUCUGGCCUCUUUCCCUUCUGGCAUUCCGGGCUACAGCGCAUGCCUUGGCUUUCCCCAGAAGGACCUGUGACACUGCAGUACAGAAAGUAGGCACCCGGGGCCUGGAUGAGUUCCAGGAGAACCACAGCCAGAGCUCACUGCUGGGACACAACUUCCGGAAGCACGUCAAACCAAAGAAGCAGCAUGAGAUCAACAAACUUGGCCAGCUGGUGAAACAGCUCUGUGAUCUGACUGAGUGUAACAAUGUCGUGGAUGUGGGUUCAGGACAGGGCCAUUUGACACGUUUCCUGUCAUUUGGACUUGGCCUAUCAGUCACUGGAAUUGAGGCUGAUCCUGCCUUAGUUGCUAUGGCUUCCAAGUUUGAUGGACAACUACUGAGCACACUGCAAAAACAGAGUUUGAAAAAGAAUGUUGCACCUGAGCAAUUAAUUUCCCCAAGGCACUCACCCCAUCAUGUGCUUGGCUGGGUCAACCCCAAAGCAUCAUGGGAGGACUUUGUCCAGCUACUGAAGAAGGGAGGAUCUGAGUGCUGUGGUCCUACAUGUACAGCUUUUCCUAGAAAAAAGCGACCUCGGGAAUCAUCAUUAAAUCCAGAUGAGCGCCCUGACAGUGUGAUCCUGCCCAGCCAAGCUGACACUGACUGUUUGGUUUCAUCUCAGGCUAAGAGCAAUGGCAGCUGGUCUGACCCUGUACCUGGUGCCAACUCUGCAUCCUUACAAGGCCCUCUUGAAAUCACUUUUGAGCCAUCUCCUCCCGCCGCCUGCUACCCCAAACGUCAUUGUAAGUUUAAGACAGCAGAGGAACUGGGUCAUCUUGCCAGUAGAUCUCACACUUCGCCCUUCUCUAGCAGGACUUCAGAUACACCACCACAUGCAGACUGUGUGGGCAGAGCAGAGCGGGAGGAAGAAUCAAGGUUCAAUGAUCCAAGGUUCAUCUUGACAGGCCUUCAUGCCUGUGGAGACCUGAGUGCCACACUGCUCCGUCACUUCGCCAGCUGCCCCCACAUACUGGGCAUCACCUCAGUGGCCUGCUGCUACAUGAAGAUCACCACCCAUGACAACCCCACUCCUCCGGGAGUCCUGGCCCCCCCUUGUCCAGCGCACCAAGAGGAGCCCUCCCACUCAGUGUUCGGCUACCCAAUGAGCUCAUGGAUGCAGGGGUUGCCAGGACACCAGCUGUCCUAUAAGGCGAGGGAGGGAGCAUGUCACGCUAUGGAGGACUACCUCCAGAGGCUGAGAGAGGAGAGUCAGCUGCUGAGGAUACACUGCUACCGAGCCGCUCUGGAGACCGUGAUUCGGAGGGCUCAGCCAGACCUGCGCAGGGCGGGCAUCCAGACCAUCAAGAAGGCUCAUCUUCUGCCAUUUCAUGAAUAUGCCCGUCUGGGACUACCGCGAGUCGGACUGCCCGCUGAUCUCCCGCUGGACCAGGUUGAGUUGGAUGCCAUGUUGAAGCAGCAGGGGAGGGUGGUAGUGUACUUUAGCCUGGCGUUGCUGCUGGCACCUUUAAUCGAGACCUUGGUGCUGCUGGACAGAAUGCUUUUCCUGGAGGAAAACGGACUCCAGAGCCAGCUGGUUCCUCUCUUCGAUCCCACGUUUUCUCCUCGAAACCUGGUGCUGGUGGCAGUAAAGCCACGAGAGAGUAGCGCCUACACUACACACAGUGUGGAAAAGCAUGAACAGGACCAUCAGGUCUGCCAUCCACAAGUUGAAGAACGUAGGCAUUUGUUAAUUCAAGAAGAGAAGGUUCCAGAGGAGACCGCGAUGUAAAAGCAGUAGUACUCCCGUUCACCUCAGCCUUACUGCAGGGGUUAAUGGACUAUAUCGCAAUUUACAAGGUUACAUACUCCUACACAUAUCUAUUAUUUUAUGUUGUUGUUGUUACUUUUUAAACAAAAGUGCUUUUGUACUAGAUCCAGUUAGGUAACUUUGCUGUAGUGUUUUUCUAUUUGGCAUUUCUUCACCCUCCCUUCCAAUCAAUUUUUAGUUGCAGUACUAUCAGUGACCACUUGAUGGUGUAUGUUACCUCACUCCUGCUCCAUUUAUUUGUACUUGCAGCAUUUAUUGUCAUGGUUUGGCAUCAAGGUCAAACUUUUACUUAAAAAUAAAGAAUUUUUCCUUAAAAAUAAAUGAAAGUUAAAUUCAGCUAAUGCUGUCUGCAAGUCUAGUUUGAUCUGACUAGACUUGCUCAUACUGCUUUUUAUCCAUUGGUGUUGACUUUGACUUGCGAAUAAAGUCUGACCUUUAAUCUG